AUGAAGAGUGAGCUGAACAGGAAUUACUCAGAGUUAACAGAGUUUAUUCUGCUGGGAUUCAGAUCAUCUCCAGAAGUACAGAUUCUUUUAUUCUUACUGUUCUUGCUUCUCUACAUGGUCAUUGUGUUGGGAAAUACCAGCAUGUUAGUUGUCAUUAAAAUAGACUCCAGACUUCACACGCCUAUGUAUUUCUUUCUCAGAAAUUUGUCCUAUUUAGAUCUCUGCUACUCCACAGUCAUUGCUCCCAAAACUCUGGCUACCUUCUUGUCCAAGGAAAAGAAAAUUUCUUACAAUGGCUGUGCAACACAAUUCUUUUUCUUUGCUCUCUUUGUUGGGACUGAAGGUUUUCUUCUGGCUGUGAUGGCAUAUGAUCGCUUCCCAGCCAUUUGCUCACCUUUCCUCUAUAAUGUACGUAUGUCUCAGCAGGCUUGUGUCCGUUUGGUGAUUGGGUCCUAUAUCUGUGGAUGCAUCAACUCCAUGAUACAAACAGGUUUCACCUUCAGCUUGCGCUUCUGUGGGGAGAACAGACUGGACCAUUUUUUCUGUGAUGUCCCAGCCCUGAUCAAGAUCUCUUGUGUUGACACCUUUGUGAAUGAGAUUGUAUUGUUUAUUCUCUCUGCCCUCAUCAUCCUCACCACCACAACUGUCAUUCUGGUAUCCUAUGCUUAUAUCCUCUCCACUGUCCUGAAGAUCCCCUCAAUGCACGGCAGAAGUAAGACUUUCUCCACUUGCAGCUCUCACAUCACUGUGGUGAGUUUAUUCUAUGGAACUGUGUUCUUCAUGUAUGCUCAACCUGGGGCCAUCUCCUCACCAGAGAAAAGUAAGAUUAUAGCCGUAUUCUAUACUCUUAUCAUCCCUAUGUUAAAUCCUCUGAUUUAUAGUCUAAGAAAUAGAGAGGUGAAAAAUGCUUUAAAAAGGAUAAUGAUGAGAAAAAUAUCUUUUAAUUGA